GGUGCUCUGAUAUAAUUCCUAGCAGUGUCUCAACAUUUCCUGUGUUAUAUCUUCACCCACGCCUCGUCUCUUAAGGUAAGAAGUGGAAGUGUUGUGAUCAGAAUAAACGUGGUUCAGAGACUCUCACACUGGAUAGCAGGAGAGGAUGGGGCUCACCUCACCUUGUGUGCUGCUCGUGCUGAGUGCUCUCCUCAUCUCUGGAAACACUCAAGCUCCGCCCACAGCAACAGUGAACAUCCUCUCUCCUCCUGAUCCUCUCUAUCCUGGAGACACAGUCACUCUGCAGUGUGACAUAUCACAGUAUGAAGACUGGAACUACUACUUCUGGUUCAUAAAUGAUCAGGAGUAUAAAGAUUGUACCAGUAAAACCUGCUCCUUCAAACUGGUUCACAACAAUCUUCAGUACAGCUGUUCGGGGAGGAGGAGUGGUCGACCCCAGGAUUCAUACUGUAGUGAUAUCUUAUCUAUAACUGUUACAGCUCUGCCCACAGCAACAGUGAACAUCCUCUCUCCUCCUGCUCCUCACUAUCCUGGAGACCUGGUCACUCUGCAGUGUGACACAUCACACCAUGAAGACUGGAGCUACAUCUGGUUCAUAAAUGGCCUUCAGGAUAACAGUUGUACCAGUAAAAUCUGCUCCUUCGACCUGGGUUUUUACCCAGUGCAGUACAGCUGUAGUGGGAGGAGGAGUGGUCAAUCCCAGACUUCACAGCAGAGUCCUGACAUAUCUAUAACUAUUACAGCCUUCCUUAAAGCUACUCUGACUGUGACUCCAAACCCUGUCUACCACGGAGAGACAGUCUCUCUGAAGUGUUCAGUGGAGUCUGGUCCUGCCUGGAGCUACAGGUGGUACAAAGACGGAACAGAGAUCAGAGUGGAGCAGUCUGGUAGACACAGGAUAUCUGGAGACUCCCUCACCAUCAGUAAAGUAGAAUCAUCUGAUCAGGGUCAAUACUGGUGUAGAGGAGGGUUAAGAUCCAUUAUUUCAAGAGGCAGUGAAUCACAAUAUCUUAUUGUUAAUGCUCUGCCCACAGCAACAGUGAACAUCUCUCCUCCUGCUCUUCACUAUCCUGAAGACACGGUCACUAACUUACUAGAUCGUCCCCAGCCAGUCCUGAGAGUGUCUCCCUCGUGGCUGAAUCCUGGAGACUCAGUGACUCUGAGCUGUGAGGUUGGAGACUCAUCUACAGGCUGGAGCUUUUCCUUCUACAGAGCUGCUCCCUCUCUACCAGACCAGCCCUACUCUGUAGAGCUCCUCUCUGACCGUGAGCAGACUACAGGGAACUCCUCCACUCUGCAGCUAGCUGCUCCCUCUCACACAGCAGGAUAUAUGUGUAGAGCUGGGAGAGGAGAGACAGUCUACUACUCUGACUACAGUAAUCCACAGUUUCACUGGUCUGGAGAUCUGCAUUCCUCAGUGUCUCUCAGUGUAAGCACCAACAGAUCUCAGCACCUCGUGUCUGAGUCUGUCUCUCUGAGCUGUGAGCUGAAGGGGAACUCUACUGGAUGGACACUGAGGAGGUACUCAGGCAGUAAGCUGUGUACUGCGUGUUCGUCUAUCAAGAGAUCCACUACAGGAUCCACCUGCAUCAUCCGGUCCUUAAACGUAAGGCACAGUGGAGUGUUCUGGUGUGAGUCUGGCUCAGGAGAGUACAGUAAUGCUGUCAACAUCACAGUACAUGUUGGCCCUGUGAUCCUGGAGAGUCCUGUCCACCCUGUCACUGAGGGAGACUCUGUGACUCUGCGCUGCAGACACAAGACUCCUCCAUCAAGCCCCAAGGUAGACUUCUACAAAGAUGGUAGCCUGAUCAGGAAGGAGACCACAGGAGAGAUGACCAUCCCUGCAGUAUCCCAGUCAGACAAAGGCCUCUACAAGUGUACAUACUCUGACAGGGAAGAAUCCCCACAGAGCUGGCUGCUGGUGAGAGGGACAGCGGUUCCUGUCUCCCUGCUGCCCAGGCUGCUGUGUGGGCUACUGGUGACCUCCCCCUUCCUGGUGACAACCAUCCUGCUGCUGCUCAUCAAACGUCAGCAACCAGUGCUGAGUGCUCUCCUCAUCUCUGGAAACACUCAAGGGAAACCAAAGGCUGUGGUGACCCUGCAUCCUGACCUGCAGCAGAUAUUUACAGGAGAGAGACUUACUCUCAGCUGUCAGAUACAGGGAGGAGAGUACAACACUGAAUGGUGGUACUUUUUUAAGAGGGAUGAUGUAGCCAUCGGCCGUUCAAGGUCUGAACUCAAGAUAGAAUCUGCUGAGGAGUCCCACAGAGGUGCAUACACCUGUGUUGGUAAAAACACAAGUAAUGAGUAUUCUGACUGGAGUGAUGAAGUGAAGCUGACUGUAACAGCUCUGCCCACAGCAACAGUGAACGUGUCUCCUCGUGCUCCUCACUAUUCUGGAGAAGAAGUCACUCUGCAGUGUGACAUAUCAGAGUAUGAAGAUUGGAGCUACAUCUGGUUCAUAAAUGGCCAGAGGUAUAAUGGUUGUACCAAAACCUGCUUCUUCGUCCUGGGUCAUGCCACAGUGAAGUACAGCUGUAGUGGGAGGAGGAGUGGUCGACCCCAGACUUCACAGCAGAGUCCUGACAUGUCUAUAACUAUUACAGGUCUGCCCACAGCAACAGUGAAGAUCCUCUCUCUUCCUGCUCCUCACUACGCUGAAGAAAUAGUUAUUCUGCAAUGUGACAUAUUAGAGAAUGAAGACUGGAACUACUACUUCUGGUUCAGAAAUGGCCAGGAGUUUAAAGAUUGUACCAAUAAAACCUGCCCCAUCAAACUGGAUCACUACAGUCUUCAGUACAGCUGUGCAGGGAGGAGGAGUGGUCGACCCCUGGAUUCACAGCGCAGUGCUAUAUUAUCUAUACCUGUCACAGCCCUCCCUAAAGCUACUCUGACUGUGACUCCAAACCCUGUCUACCACGGAGAGACAGUGUCUCUCAAAUGUUCAGUGGAGUCUGGUCCUGCCUGGAGCUACAGGUGGUACAAAGACAGAACAGAGAUCCCAUUGAAGCAGUCUGGUAGACACAGGAUAUCUGGAGACUCCCUCACCAUCAGUAAAGUAGAAUCAUCUGAUCAGGGUCAAUACUGGUGUACAGGAGUGAUACCGUCCAGAUCCAUAUCCUCAACACAAAGUGGUUCCAUCACUAUGAUAGUGAAAGCUGUGGCAACAGCCACGCUUCAGUCUGACCAGACAGACAUCUAUACGGAUGACAGAGUGACUCUGACCUGCACUGUGGAAGGUUCCUCUGGGUGGAGGUUUUACUGGUACAGACACACCACAGACUCUGACCCUGUGACCUCUACUGAUGAGUCAACCUACUCUUUCACCCCUGGAAGUGUGUCAGAGGGGGGUCAGUUCUGGUGCAGAGGGUGGAGGGGAGACCCAGUCUUUUACACCCAGUACAGCAGCCCAGUCCAGAUUAAUGUUACUGCUAGGCCCUAUGCUGUUGUGACUCUGAAGCCCAACUGGAGUCAGAUAUUCAGAGGGGAGAGUGUCACCCUCAGGUGUGACAUACAGGGGACAGAGGACACAGACUGGGAGUAUGAAUGGUGGAGACCUGGAGACUCCACCUCAAGAUGGAGAGAACAGGAAUACAAGAUCAUCAAGGCUGAGAAGUCUCACAGUGGUGACUACAAGUGUGGAGGUAAACGUGGACAUCACCAUUCAGGGUGGAGUUCUGCUGUCAAACUGAGAGUUAGAGAUCGUCCCCAGCCAGUCCUGAGAGUGUCUCCCUCGUGGCUGAAUCCUGGAGACUCAGUGACUCUGAGCUGUGAGGUUGGAGACUCAUCUACAGGCUGGAGCUUCUCCUUCUACAGAGCUGCUCCCUCUCUACCAGACCAGCCCUACUCUUUAGAGCUCCUCUCUGACCGUGAGCAGACUACAGGGAACUCCUCCACUCUGCAGCUAGCUGCUCCCUCUCACACAGCAGGAUAUAUGUGUAGAGCUGGGAGAGGAGAGACAGUCUACUACUCUGACUACAGUAAUCCACAGUUUCACUGGUCUGGAGAUCAGCAUUCCUCAGUGUCUCUCAGUGUAAGCACCAAAAGAUCUCAGCACCUCGUGUCUGAGUCUGUCUCUCUGAGCUGUGAGCUGAAGGGAAACUCUACUGGAUGGACACUGAGGAAGUACACAGGCAGUAAGCUGUAUACUGUGUGUUCCUCUGUCAGGGGAUCAACUACAGGAUCCACCUGCAUCAUCCGGUCCUUAAACGAAGGGCACAGUGGAGUGUUCUGGUGUGAGUCUGGCUCAGGAGAGUACAGUAGCGCUGUCAAUAUCACAGUACAUGUUGGCCCUGUGAUCCUGGAGAGUCCUGUCCACCCUGUCACUGAGGGAGACUCUGUGACUCUGCGCUGCAGACACAAGACUCCUCCAUCAAGCCCCAAGGUAGACUUCUACAAAGAUGGUAACCUGAUCAGGAAGGAGACCACAGGAGAGAUGACCAUCCCUGCAGUAUCCCAGUCAGAUGAAGGCCUCUACAAGUGUACAUACUCUGACAGGGAAGAAUCCUCACAGAGCUGGCUGCUGGUGAGAGGAAGAGGUGCUGUUCUCUCCUCUUCUGUAGGAUUGGUGGUGGGACUGGUUGUUACUGGUGUUUUACUGUUUCUCCUCAUACUGCUGUUACUAGUCUGGCGAAAGUUCAAAGGUGCUCAGUCUAGUGCGGCAUCUAUAUACUCCCAGUCACAGAGCACCAAUCAUGUCGUAGACGGUGUCCAGAUAGCCAAUCAGAACCAAGCUCCUGGUGGAAACGCCCCUCUGCAACAUGGGCAAGGUGUGGAGGCCGGACCAAGUGACCUGACCUACGCCCAGAUUGAGCUCAAAAAGAUGAAAAAACCCAAGAGAAAGACAGGAAAGCAAGCAGAAUCAGAGGAAGACACCAUUUAUUCCAUGGUGGCCACAGGACCUUCCUCUGGUGACGCUGGAGCAGAUGACGUGAUCUAUGCCCAGAUUGACUUAAAGGGCAAGAAAGCCAAGAAAUCAGACAUGUUGACCACCAGGGAGCCGGAUGCUGUCUACUCUGCAGUGAAGACAGGGUGAGGGGUCCUCCCUGGAUGCUGUCUACUCUGCAGUGAAGACAGGGUGAGGGGUCCUCCCUGGAUGCUGUCUACUCUGCAGUGAAGACAGGGGGAGGGGUCCUCCCUGGAUACUGUCUACUCUGCAGUGAAGACAGGGUGAGGGGUCCUCCCUGGAUGCUGUCUACUCUGCAGUGAAGACAGGGGGAGGGGUCCUCCCUGGAUGCUGUCUACUCUGCAGUGAAGACAGGGGGAGGGGUCCUCCCUGGAUGCUGUCUACUCUGCAGUGAAGACAGGGGGAGGGGUCCUCCCUGGAUGCUGUCUACUCUGCAGUGAAGACAGGGGGAGGGGUCCUCCCUGGAUGCUGUCUACUCUGCAGUGAAGACAGGGGGAGGGGUUCUCCCUGGGACCUGGAGCUGAACUCAUGAUCUGAGUCACUGUUGACAGUCUGUUUACUGGCGUUUUGUUGUCAUGAUAGUGUACGUGUUUGGGUUGAGGUCGUUUUUUACACACAAAGACAGGUACAUAUUCAUGAACCGAGACGCGAUUUUAGACCCUUAUUAGGGGUGCUUGAGCACCCAUA